AUGUCUGCUCAGUUCCAGGAUGCCGUCUCUCAGAUUGUACACCACCCGGAGUACAACUCGACGCUGAUACUGAGAUCGGAAACCGUCUCUGACUCCAGUACCGAUUUCCCGGUAACGGUGCCGUCCUUCGACGACUUACGUCCGCAACACUGCACCCUGUAUGCGCCCGCCCAAAGCGAUGACGACACCCCUGCACUCCUGGUUCUGACCCCGAUAGUAGAAGACGGCUCGCCUCUCCCGUACUACCACCCCGCGGUCCAUCAUCUUGCCUUUCGCUACGUAACUGGCGAAAUCGCUACGUUGCGGAUGGACAUCGUCCCGUUGGACGCAACACCCAUCGACCUCAACUCGAGGAUAUAUCGCACCUGUCUGGCGCUUCUGGACACGCUGCAUCGGUACGGUUGGGGCGCAAUGACGAACUACAAGAAGCGGGUGCGGCAUGACUACAUCAUCGCUCGCGAAGAAUAUCAAGACCUCUACCUUGUCAUGCGCGAGCGACACAAACACCUGGUCCAGGAGUGGCAGGAAGUGACAGACCCGUUGAAGCAUGUCUUUGAGGAUAUCGGGAUAGCAACUUUCCUGAUGCUACUCUGGAAACACUCCUACGUCAAGAGCGGACCUGCUACGAACGAUACAGAAGAUCUCAAUGAGGCCCCUUGGCGAAAUUGGGCUCGACCUCCAGCAGGUUUUCUCGACCUGGGGUGCGGCAAUGGUCUGCUCACGCACAUCCUCACGGCGGAAGGGUACAGCGGAUAUGGGAUUGACGUUCGCGCUCGGACCUCUUGGUCACACUACCCAGAGUCCACUCAAGCGCAGUUGCGUGUGGAAGCCCUUGAUCCAACCUCACCGGUCCUCUCACCGGAUGAUACUUCGUAUCUUUGUCCUGGGACGUUCAUCAUCGCGAACCACGCCGACGAGCUCACUCCGUGGACACCCGUGCUCGCGACACUCCACUCCGCAUCCGGAUAUCUGUCCAUCCCUUGUUGUGCAUGGUCUUUUGACGAAAGAUUUGAACGAUCCAAGGCUCAAGGCUACCCCGUCCCUGACGACGCAUUCAUCGACUCCCUCAGCCUAGGCGGCGACGGAAGCCACUCCAGCUCGUACUCCACAUAUCGCAUCUGGCUGGCAUCACUCAGCUUGCAAUGUGGUUGGAAUGUCGAGUGCGAAAACCUCAGGAUCCCAAGCACACGUAAUUGGGCUAUCGUCGGGAGGGAGCGUGUCACAACUGACGCGCAGGAGCUGGAGGACAUCCGGAGUAGGGUGGAGGAGAUCGUUACGCGCGUUCGAGAACGAGGGCUGUUUAAGACGCGUACGCCUGAAGGAAAGGCAAAGGAUCACUGA